AUGCCGGCAAACGUGAAGCACGCAACACAUCUACUCAAACCUCUUCGACUUUUGUUAUUGGGAGCUCCAGGGUCUGGUAAGGGGACACAGACUUCAAGAUUACUAAAGCAGAUCCCACAAUUAACCUCAAUUUCAUCAGGCGAUAUUUUACGACAGGAAAUAAAAUCCGAAUCCACUCUGGGCCGAGAGGCUGCUACUUAUAUUGCUCAAGGGAAGUUAUUACCGGAUGAUCUCAUAACGCGUCUAAUAACAUUCCGUCUUUCGGCAUUGGGUUGGUUGAAACCAUCUGCUACAUGGUUACUUGACGGAUUUCCUCGAACUACUGCACAAGCUUCUGCCUUGGAUGAGCUUCUGAAACAGCAUGACGCCAGCUUGAAUUUAGUGGUAGAGCUAGAUGUGCCCGAAUGCACAAUAUUGGAAAGAAUCGAGAACAGAUUUGUUCAUGUUUCUAGUGGAAGAGUGUAUAACUUACAAUAUAAUCCCCCCAAAAUACCAGGAUUAGAUGAUAUCACAGGAGAGCCAUUGACUAAGAGACUUGAUGACACAGCGGAAGUAUUCAAAAAAAGACUAGAAGAGUACAAUAAAACAAAUGAGCCCUUAAAAGAGUAUUACAAAAACAGUGGGAUUUUUAGUACCGUCUCAGGCGAAACCUCGGAUAUUAUCUUUCCAAAAUUAUUGGACCUUAUAACCAGCAAAUUUGGCCAAUAA